UUUAUAAAUUAGUUAAAAUGUAAAUACUGUUGUGGAAAGGUUUCAUCUAAAAAAAAAAAAAAAUAAAUAAAUAAAUAAAAAGUGAGGAGUGAGACCUCCCUCUCUCAAUUAGCGAUCUUUGACGCGCUCCUUUUUCUUCCCCCUUCAUUCAAGCUUGUUUCUCACUCAGCGGCUGAGAGUUAUAAAACCUCGACAAAGCUGCUCUCCCAGCUUAGCUUAGGCUAACAUUCGUCUUUGUAAGUUUUAGUUAGUUUGUAUAUUGAAUUUGAAAGGAAAAUGUGUGUUUUGUUUUUGGCGAACUUUUUAAUGUUGCUAUUGCUAUCCUGUUGAACCGAAUCACACGUGGAAAAAUACAAUUGUACAACGUUUUAAAUGUAUUCAUUUGUAUAUUUCACUACGAUUUGAGAGCUCAAUAAAUUGAAGAAAAGUACGCCUUGUGUUUGGAGGGCUUCUUUUGGGGGUUUGCUGGCUGUUUAGCUGAAUAGCAUCACUGACACUCACGGCAACAAACGGGAAGGGUGAGCGCUGCCGCACCAAGUCACUUCGGCUGCAUUUUGGCACAUGAAAAAUAGCGAAUACCGUACUAAGGUGUGACGGAAAAUUUUAGUGGUUUUGAAACCGCGACGUUUUCACACCACGGUAAACCGUGAAACCGGUAACCGGCACAUGUCUAGUAGUGGCACCAAUUGAUAUAUCUUCUCUCCGUUGGAAAAUAACAUAGGGUGUUAAGAAAAAGAUCAGCUAUUAUAGAUUGAACGCGACAAUGCGUGAGUGGGUCGUGCAGCGCAUGCGUUAAUUGCGUUAAAUAUUUUAACGUGAUUAAUUUUUUAAAAAUUAAUUACCGCCAUCAACGCGAUAAAUUUGAUAGCCCUACUUUAAGCCAAAACUAAAGACUCUGGAUGAGUGUAAAACAUUAUGUCUGUAACGUUACAAUUACAAAACCAUUUGAUAAAAAAAUAUAUGUAUAUAUUAAAAAAAGGCCUGUCCGAUAUUUUUUUGCCGAUUCCGAUACUUUAAAAAUGACGUGAUCGGACCCAAUCAAUCGGCAGAUACUUUUUCAUACCAGUGUACAUUCCCUUUGAAGGCAACAUGCAUAUGGUCUCAAAAGCGGUGAUGGUAAACCAAUGUUUACAUUAUCUGAUAUCAUUUUAAAAUGCUUUAUUGGCCGAUAUUAUUGGCUACCCAAUAAUAUCGUACGUGAUGUAAAUUUCAAGACCAUUCUUGGUUUUGUCUCUGUCUCAACUCCCAAAAGUCUUGGUCUUGUCUUAGAAAGUCCGUUGAGGCGACUUAAAAUUUUCUGUUAAUGCAGCAAGACUACACUUUAACUUAAUAUGAUUUUAAGGAAAAACCCUUACAAAUGCAUUCGACUUUGGUGUUAAUAACAUUCAACCCCAUCUUUAAAAGUGUGAUAACAUGCUUUUUUUCACUAACUUUUGUUUCCUCCUUUGUGCAAAAAUAUGAACCACCUCACUUCCUCUUUCAAAAAAAAAAAAAAAAAAAAAAGCAAUGGUAUACAUGGAAAUCAAGUAGCUUCCCGCCUUUAGUUCGAGACUCAUGCAUGCAGCCAUGUACCCAGCAACCAACCAGUCUGUUGUCGUUCCAAUGCUGCCCGCCAACUCUUAUCCCCACCAACCGGCCACGGUGGUUCAGCACACCACUGUCAACGUGACCAGGGAGAGGGUGCGUGACCACAUUAUAUGCUCCCUCUGCUCUUUCGUCUACAUGUGCAACCCUUUGUGCUUGGGAUUGUUGGCGGUCAUCCACUCCAUCAAGGCCAGAGACCGUAAGGUGAUAGGAGACCUCGAGGGAGCGAAAACGCAUGCCACAAUCGCCUUGUACCUCAACAUUGCAGUCUUUGUCAUUCUUGGCCUGUUUGUCCUUAGUGGCAUCAUCACACUUUCAAUCACUCAGUCUCAUUUACGAUAGUAUUAUGGGCCGCGCUAUAAUACCUGGAAUUAGAUAUGCGUCAAAAAAGAUUCAAACACUGUACGCACCGAUGCGCUGGUCAAAAAAAUAAACCGUUUGUUAAUGUGGUACCCGUUUUU